AUGGCGCCUUCGGGAGAUUUUCGGGGCCGCGGCGGCCGAGCGGGCACGGCGCUGGCCCUGGCGCUCAUGAUCGCCGUGGCCGAGGUGCGCGCGGCGGCCGUGGCCUCCUACGACCAGCGCACCGCCGACAGGAUCCGCGGCGGCUACGACGGCGACCCGAUCUUCGACAGCCCGCACCAGGACCACUACCACCACCACGUCUACGAGGUCAUCAAGAAGCCCGUCGGACUCGGCGCCGGCCUCCUUCCGGGCCUCGCGGGACUCGGAGGACUCGGCGGUCUCGGAGGACUUGGGGGACUCGGAGGACUCGGCCUGGGGCUGAAGGGGCUCACCGGCCUCGGGGGACUCGGCCUGGGACUGAAGGGACUCGGGGGUCUGGGUCUGACCGGACUCUCGGGCACCAGCGGCCUCCCGCUGCUCGGGCUGGGCGGCCUCGGCGGACUGGGAGGAUUGGGCGGACUGGGCUUGGGGCUCGGCCUCGGGGGGCUGGGAGGACUCGGCCUUGGGCUCACCGGCCUCGCCCACCUCGCCAAGCUGCACGCCCUCGGGCUCGGACUCGGCGGCCUCGGGUACAGCUCUCUCUACGGGGCCGCGACGCCCUACGGCAUCAGUCCCAUCGCGAGGUCCGCCUCCUACGACCUCGGGGACUCCAAGACGACCUCGGGCUGGUGA